GACGUUAAGAGCAUGUGAAGAAAAGCUCACACUUGCCGACUGCUGGAUUAAAGGAACGGCGAAGGUGAGGGAAACGGAGGGCGUGUGAAAAGCAAGGAGGAAUCCUGCCUUGAAAUAGCGAACAACAAUCACUUAAAAGAAAGAAAAGGAUUUCUGUAAGGGAGCCAUAUAUGACGACAUCUAAAUACUAUGAGCAUGCAGUCGCACUGUGCUGUCACUUAUUGGGGAUUCAUAGGUGACACUUACAUAUGAAAUCAGAAUAGACAAGUAAGACGCAUUAGACUGAAAGAGUAACGUAUCUGUCAGUCAUGAAUGUAAAAGCAGAAAUACAAAUCAGGUAGUGUUUCUAGCACUAAGCAGGAAUCGCUUAGAAGGAAAACGAGUACUGAACAGAAGAGUAAUACAAAUGGAUUUCAGCAUGCUUCGGAAUUUAAUCAGCAGAUACUGUGUGGGAGAGGAGAACUGGGUGGACAAUCGGACAGUGUACAUCGGUCACCGAGAACCUCCACCAGGAGCAGAGGCGUACAUCCCUCAGAGAUACCCCGACAACCGCAUUGUCUCCUCCAAGUACACUUUCUGGAACUUUAUACCGAAGAACUUGUUUGAGCAGUUCAGAAGAAUUGCUAAUUUCUACUUCCUCAUCAUCUUUCUUGUUCAGCUGAUCAUCGACACCCCCACCAGUCCCAUCACCAGCGGCCUCCCUCUGUUCUUCGUCAUCACAGUCACCGCCAUCAAACAGGGUUAUGAAGAUUGGCUCCGGCACAAGGCGGACAACACCGUCAACCGGUGUCCGGUGCAUGUGAUCCAGCAUGGCAAGGUGGUGAGGAAGCAGAGCUGCAGGCUGCAGGUAGGUGACAUCGUGCUUGUGAAGGAAGAUGAGACCUUCCCCUGUGACCUCAUCGUCCUGUCCACGAGUCGGCAGGACGGCACGUGUUUCGUCACCACUGCCAGCUUGGAUGGGGAGUCCAGUCACAAGGAGACCAAGGCCUUUAACACUGAAGAAGAGGUGGACACGCUAAGGGCCACCAUUGAAUGUGAACAACCACAGCCAGACCUUUAUAAAUUUGUGGGACGCAUCAAUAUUUAUCUGGAUGGAAAUGAACCCAUUGCAAGGCCUUUGGGGUCAGAGAAUGUGCUUCUGCGAGGAGCGACACUCAAAAACACAGAAUAUAUUUAUGCUGUUGCAAUAUACACGGGCAUGGAGACGAAGAUGGCCCUCAACUACCAGUCCAAGUCCCAGAAACGCUCCGCUGUUGAGAAGUCCAUGAAUGCUUUUCUGGUUAUUUACCUGUGCAUCCUGAUCAGCAAGGCUCUGAUCAAUACUGUGCUGAAGUACCUGUGGCAGGGUGACCCUGGCCGGGAUGAGCCCUGGUACAAUGGGAAGACCCAGUCGGAACGGCAGCGACAUGUGCUGAUCAGGGCCUUCACCGACUUCUUGGCCUUCAUGGUCCUGUUCAACUACAUCAUCCCUGUGUCCAUGUAUGUGACGGUGGAGAUGCAGAAGUUCCUCGGCUCCUACUUCAUCAGCUGGGACGAGGAGAUGUUUGACGAGGAGCUGGGGGAAGGGGCGCUGGUCAACACGUCGGAUCUCAAUGAAGAGCUGGGUCAGGUGGAGUAUGUAUUUACGGAUAAGACAGGAACCCUGACUGAAAACAACAUGGAGUUUAUUGAGUGCUGCGUUGAUGGGCUGGUCUACGUGCCUCUUUCGGUCUGCAAUGGUCAGAUCUUGCCUGGAGCAUCAGGCAUUGAUGUGAUCGACUCCUCGCCUGAACCAGCAAAGAAGGAGAACGAGGAGCUGUUCUUCCGGGCCCUUUGCCUGUGUCACACUGUUCAAGUCAAGGAAGAAGAGACAGUCGAUGGUAUCAAGAGGGGCAUCAACCAGGGCAAGGGUACCUCCUUCUACAUCUCCUCCUCACCUGAUGAGGUGGCCCUGGUGGAGGGCAUGAAGAGGCUGGGUUUUACCUACCUUCGUCUGAAAGACAGCCACAUGGAAAUCCUCAACAGGAAGGAGGAGAUUGAGAGGUUCGAGCUGCUUGAAGUUCUGAACUUUGAUUCUGUUCGGAGGAGAAUGAGUGUUAUUGUGCGGUCUGGCACAGGACAGUACUAUCUGUUCUGCAAAGGAGCUGACUCCGCCAUCUUUCCCAGGGUGGUCUCAGGAAAGGUGGAGCAGAUCCGUGCUCGUGUGCAGCACAACGCUGUGGAAGGCUUGCGGACUCUCUGCGUUGCCUACAAGAUGUUGAGCCCGGCAGAGUAUGAAGAAGUCUGCCACCUUCUGACCAGCGCAAAGCUGGCCUUGCACGCGCGGGAAAAGAAACUGGCCGAGGCUUAUGAUGUCAUCGAGAAGAACUUCAUCCUGCUGGGGGCCACUGCAGUGGAAGACAGGCUCCAGGACCAGGCAGCCGAUACCAUCGAGUCGCUGCACAAGGCCGGCAUGAAGGUGUGGGUGCUGACGGGGGAUAAGAUGGAGACGGCGGCAGCCACCUGCUACGCCAGCAGGCUGUUCCGGCGCAGCACGCAGAUCCUGGAGCUGACCACCAAGCGCACGGAGGAGCAGAGUCUGCACGACGUGCUGUUCGAGCUGAGUCGCACUGUGCUGCGGCAGCGACGCAGCAUGCUGCGGGAGAGCCUCUCGGGUCUCUCCAACGACUUCCAGGAUUACGGGCUGAUCAUCGACGGCGCGACGCUGUCGGCGGUGCUGAAGCCAUCUGAGGACGGCAGCUCGGGAAGCUACAAGGAGAUUUUCCUGGAUAUCUGCCGGAAUUGCAGCGCCGUGCUGUGCUGCCGCAUGGCGCCCCUGCAGAAAGCCCAGAUCGUAAAACUGAUAAAGGCUUCGAAGGAGCGGCCCAUUACCCUGGGCAUUGGGGAUGGAGCCAACGACGUCAGCAUGAUUCUUGAAGCUCAUGUGGGCAUCGGCAUUAUGGGUAAAGAGGGUCGUCACGCGGCGCGGAACAGUGAUUACGCGAUCCCCAAAUUCAAGCACUUAAAGAAGAUUCUCCUGGUACACGGACAUUACUACUACAUCAGGAUUGCUGAGUUGGUGCAGUACUUCUUUUACAAGAAUGUCUGUUUCAUCUUUCCUCAGUUCCUCUAUCAAUUUUUCUGCGGUUUCUCACAGCAGCCUCUGUAUGACACGGCCUAUCUGACGCUGUACAACAUCAGCUUCACCUCCCUGCCCAUCCUACUCUACAGUCUCAUUGAGCAGCAUGUCAGCAUGGACAUCCUGAAGAGAGAUCCGUCUCUGUACAGGGACAUCUCUAAGAACUCCCUCUUAUGCUGGCGGAUCUUUAUCUACUGGACGUUCCUGGGCGUGUUUGACGCCGCUGUCUUCUUCUUCGGGAUUUACUUCCUUUUCGACGAUGCCACUUUCACCAGCAAUGGGCAGCUAAUGACCACCAACACACAAAUGAUGUUUGGCAACUGGACGUUUGGAGCACUUGUCUUCACCGUUUUAGUCUUCACCGUCACACUAAAGCUGGCUCUGGACACGCACUACUGGACGUGGAUUAAUCACUUUGUCAUUUGGGGUUCCUUACUCUUCUACGUUGUCUUCUCGUUGCUGUGGGGAGGCAUUAUUUGGCCGUUCCUGAACUACCAGCGGAUGUACUACGUGUUCAUGCAGAUGCUGUCCAGUGGGCCGGCCUGGCUUAGCAUCGUCCUGCUGGUCAGCGUUAGCCUGCUACCCGACGUGCUGAAGAAGGUGCUCUGCCGGGCCUUGUGGCCAACCACCACCGAGCACAUCCAGAACGCUGAGAAGCUCUACCUGGGCCAGCUGUCGGAGUUCACCCCAUUGUCCUCGCAGUGCACCACCCCUCACAGGAGUGGCGAGGCCCCCAGUUGCAGCCAGAGAAGGUCUGAGUCCUUCCCCAAGAAGCUCACCUACUCCGGCUGGAACCACAACUCUGACUACCACACUGUUAGGCCUUCUCCGGGAUUUGGGAAUGACUUCCAGCCUUCAGAUUCCGGCUAUACUUUGGGAAGGCCUGGACUGGAGACUUCAGUGUGAUAUUUAAUCCAUGCCUUUAAAGAGAAGUCACACGCACACGUGCAUAAACACACAUGCUGGUGAAUGGCGAACUGUCGCACCCUGUGCAGAGGAUCAGUUAAGCUCUGCCAGCUCUGGACUGUGAUCCCCUCAAAUAUGUAAGUUGGGAUGCACAGUCUGGAACCGUAUGAUCUGCAACCCCUUUAGUUCUGGUGCAAAGACUAUCAUAACGUGUUUUUCUUCAUUCCCCCGAAAUUCAUCUGUCACCCCUACAGGUGAUAUUACUUGAAAGAAAAAGUCUUAUUUUCUAACUAUACAAAGGAGAACUGUUCUAAUUAUCAUCACUUCAAAGUACCUCUUUCAUCUUCCUAUUUAUGUUUUAAAUGAUCGUUUAGCUUUUUUUACUUUUCUCUUUCUUUUCCUGCUUUUCUUAGCGGAAACUGGUGUUGCCUUUGUGCAAAUCUGUUGAGGAACACGCCACAGGACUGUCCAGUAUCACUGUAAGUCACUGUAAGUCACUGUAAGACCGUGGAAAGUCAGCUGUCCCCGCUCCACUCCCGGUAGAUGUGUGUGCUGGCCUCUGUGUAGCACUGCUUACAGUGGCGAGGCGUAUGGCGGAUGGACCAGUCAGAGAUUCAGCCCAGCUGCUUAGCUGCAUAGACACUGCUUGUCCCAUGAGCGUUGACUGGAGCUAGCAGAAGCUGUGUUAGCUAGUUAACCUGAUGGGGCUUUGAAUGUGCUGUUGUGUAUGUAUGGGCCAGUAACAUAUUGAAUGCUGGUAAUGGCAUUAAAUAACAAACAUGACAUUGAAACAUAGUUUGACUGCUAAGGCUGUGUUUCUGGGUGUGUUUAAAGUUUUUUUUUAUUAUUAUUAAAUACAUAAUAAUUUGUUUGUUUGGGGUCAGGAAGAAAUAAUGGAGUAUUUUUAACAGUCCACCUAAAAAUAUAGGUUUGUUAUAUAUUUCUGCAUUUAUCAGAAAGUCAGAAUUGUUUCCUUAUAACAGAAAAGUAAAAGAGUGAGACUUCACUCAAAGUAAUCUAUCUGUAUUAUAACUGCGGGGUCCUGGCUGGGGGGUGGAGAUGGGGUGGGGGGGGAUUUAAAGUGUAUUCCAGGCUGGGUAAAAACUAGAUGGAAUGAUGUAAAAUAAUAUUUUCAGGGGAAAUAUAUAUAUCUUAGUUUUUAUUUUGAAAAGCUGCAUUUUUAUGAAAAGUGUUAAAUGAGGAAAUAGAGAAAGGGUUUGUAACCUCAAGAUUGCUAUUUUUGGUCUCAGUGCAGCCUUGUUGUAAUCAGAAUAGCUGCAGUUGAAUUCUCUUACUGCAUUAAUGAGCGCAGUAAAUGCUGAGUGUCUGUCCUACAACUGAUGCAUGCACCGAAUCAGCUGUGUGAACUAUUGGGGAAAUGUUUGAACAUUAAGAGGUGGUGCUGAAUGGAGAGUAAAAGUGGGCGUGCAGACCACGUGCAUCUCAUCUCACGAUCAGAGAAGGUUCUUCAUUCUGUCUGUCUUUCUAAAAUUUUGCCCUGCCGGUUAGAACCAACAUACCUUAUAGCCACACGAUCGCGUGUCAGUCAUGAGAAGCGGCAGCGAAUAUGCGAAGGUCAUAGGACAGGGCUUACACGGCUCACACAGCGUCCGUGUGCGUGACGUGACCCCCGGGCCUUAAAAGCAUUUUUCUGCCUUAAAAACGGUGGUUUCCUUUAAUGCUACGCUAAAGUCAGGAGCCAAAGGAUAAGGACAAGGAUACAGCAAGGAUUUGAUUGUUUUUCUUUGUUAUUCUGGGAAUAAAAGGCCGGUAGAGACGUUUUAGCCCCUGUUUAAUGGCCUUUAGUGGAUCUGGCUGCUGUCACAUCAGCUUCUCAAGGCUGCUUUGGUGACAAUCGAUUUACUUACUAACCCUGUAUAGUAAUGGUCCAGUGUUCACUCUGCCCACCUCAUCUCUGCUCUAAUUUAUUCAUAUUGCUCCUCUUCUAGCACUUUCCGCUGUGCCCACUGCUGUCACUCACACUCGAUUGGGCAGGCAGAAGAUGGUCAUGUUUCAAUCAGGGCUCGGCCAAUAUGAAACCUUGAUAACCCCAAAUAUCGGCAAAGAUAAUUUAAUAUGGUCAAAUAUUAAAGUUACCAGUAGUUUUAGUUAAGCAAAGGUUUGAAUGGCUAAAUCAACCUGUCCCACUCAAUGUAAUGUAGUAUUAAAAUGAUAUAAAUAUAAAUAAGCCACCAUAUGACCUUAUCAUUUAAUCAUAUGUAGAUAGGCUAAUUUGAACUCUCAUAAUGAUGAAUUCUUACACUUAAAGUACAUUGUCUGGUGUACUUAGCGAAAAAAACCCUACAAAUGAACUGUGAUCCCUCAAAAAAGUUACACAAAGUCAUUUUCUUAUCAUUUCUGGUGCUUUAUUGGCAGGUUUUCCCGCUGCUGCCGAUACAUUAAUGGAAUUUUAUAUCGGCCAACUUUACCAGCAGAUGAUAUAUCGGUUGAGUUCUAGAAAAGUGUUGUAUUUUUUUCCAGUUUCCAUUCUUGAUCGAGGAUUUUGAAUUUGGAUUACGGGCAUUAGGUUUUCAUUACAAUGUUUAGAGGUAUGUCAUGUAUAAUGUUAAAUAUAUAGCACAACACAUUUUAGAACGGUUAUGAGGCUUUUCCUGUGUAUAGUGCUGCUACUUGGGAGUACAGAGACUGACAGAAAUGAGCACAUUUGGGAAUUCAGCUGUGUCAAGCCCUUCAGAUGUCUCUGUUUCACCAUCUUUCAUUUUCAUCUGAGGUGCGUGGAUGUGUGUUUUGGUCUGUGGCCUGGGGAUGGUUUUAGGAACCUCUUUUCUGUUUUUCUUUCAUUGGUUGCUUCCACAUGUCCCCCCCCCCCCCCCCCCAUACAAUACCUCAUAUCAUUGUAGGUCACCCCAGUAGAGGGAGACAGACAGGGGGUUUUUUUCUUUCUUUUUCUUUACAUUUCUUGGCUGUCGACUUGAAUGAAGGUGCCUUGUGGUCCUGUUGUGUUGUGCUGUACAAAUAUGAGGUUUGCUGUUUUGUAAAGGGACUUAUACAAACCUCAAAAAUCUGUUUGGUCAUUUUCAUGUAUAAAGUGUCACUGCUGCUCUCUGUGAGAUUCAAAUGUAUUCAAGUACUGAAUUUUUUUACUUUGAAGACAUUAAACAGAAAACCACUUUACAUGCAUAGUGCUAAGUAUCCUAAGGAAUAAAAAACAAUCAGUCAAUGAAUGUUAAGACUUAUGGAUGUACGUGUAAUGAAAAAAUUCCCAUUCAAGUGAUUAAGUAGAUUCAAAGUAGAUUAAACAUGUUUAAUGCCUGACAAUGAGGAAUAACCAGUAACGAAACAUAACACAACAAUCCGGGUCACAACACAAGCCAAGCCCAGAAACAAUCCAAGGCCAUAAAUACUACAAAUCCAGAUCUGCAGCCAGAGUCCUGAGAAACCAAUAGAAGUAAAUUUUAAGUAUGACAAGUAAACAGUUCAGCAAUGAACAGGCUCAGUACUUCUCAAAGGCGUCAUUAUACACCCCUCGUUUUAAUCACGGAAUAUGUCUAGUAUUCUGGGGAGGUAGGGCAUGAACUGUUCGGGUGUGACUGCAGGGAUUGCUGGCUAGAAGCAGAUAUUACAGGUAGUCUUAGUUGUGAGGGAUGUUCUGUUGAUGUUAUACCAAUGUUAAACCAAAAGCAGUGCCACACUUAACACCGAACUGAUCUAUAUAUCAUUGCAUUUCAAUCUCUUGAGACUUACAUGAUUUCUAAUCAUUUUAGGCCUACAUUACAAAAAAUACUUAUAUAUUUCCAAGAUAUUUAUAAAGUUUUUAAAGUAAUGCAGUUUAUGUUCUGAGAAAUACUGAGAAAUAAGGAUUCCAAACCUGAUCUGAUAUUCGUGGCUGAAUGUGACUGAUGUUACACUUUACUGUAGAAUCUCUGCUGUAGAUUUCCAAGGAAACCUUUGAUUUGUUUGGUAACAUUGAAUUUACUGUCUAUAAUAUAAAUGUAUGCCAUGACUAACAAUGUGAAUAACUUUCAUUUUGAUCCCUUGAUUUCCUCCCUCGUUGCACAUCGACCGUUAUGCGAGAUUUUAUCUGUUAUGAAGAGACCUACGAGAUAUUAAAGACCUUCAGAAUCUAUGCAUCAUUGAUAAACAUUCAUACAGUGCUUGUGAAAGUUUGUAGUUAUUAUGAACGUGAUAUGACCAGGAAAUAUAGCAUCUUGUAUUGAGGUGUUUACCAAAGGAGAAUUUAAUCUAACAAUCUUACUGCUGAAUGAUAUAGUGACACUGAACUUUAACUGUUGAAAGAAAAACUAUGACAGAACACUUUUGAGACACAUGAAUUUCUAAGGCUUUCCUCUUUCUUCUUGUAGUUAGUUCUCAGGCUACCUUUGGACCUUUGGAUUAUGCGAGUCAAACCGUAUGAGAACUUAAACCAAAAUGGGUGUGACUUGCAAACAAGCUGCAAAUAAGCAUCUGAAUUCUGAAUGUACUUGAUUCUCUCUUCAACAACGGAUAUAUCCAAGGCUCAUUUACUACUGAAAUGGUAUUAACAAGACCUUCGUAGUCAUUUACCACAUUAACAGAAUGCCUGUAUUUGUUUCAGACAUACAUCCUUAUUAUCAGUGUACAAGUCUUGUAAGACUUAAUACUAAAUUAAAUGCAUUAUCCUGUUCAGCCCCUUGUGAAAUUUGAGAGGUAGUUUUGAAAUGGCAGUUCCAUCUAUUAACAUAGAUCGUCUUUUGUAAUUAUAACAAGGAUUAUGUUUUGCUACUUUUUAUACAAAACAUAAAAUGCAGUUUGCCAUGUAUUUUGUUCAGUUUCUUAAAUGCCACGUCAGCAUAUUAAUUGAAUUGAAUAAUAACUUUGAAUGAGCAUCGUUCAUACGUCACACUUUUAUAAAGGCUGUACACAUAGUCUCAUAAUGAAAAUAUUUUGAAGGAACAUUAAACCAAAUAAAUUACUAUUUUUUGACUAUAUUGACUUAAUAUCUGGCUCUACCGACUCUUGAUACAUUAAAUUUGUUUAUCUUCACCUUAUGCCAGCUUUUGCAUUUAAACAGAAUGUGUAUUUUCAAAUACUUCAGCACAAGGCGUGUCCCAAACUUGGAAUAUGUCAAAGUGCAUAUUUCUGUGUAUUCUGAAUAAUGUUCAUAUACAGAAAGUCCUGUUUAUUGAAGUACAUCUUUUUUUUUUAGUUUUUUUGUAUAUAGUUUUUAAAAAAGAAUUAUAUUGAGAGCCUCACUGUUAUAGCCUUGGAGAUGUACAUCUGGUUGUAAUAAAGACGACAGAAAACGA